AUACAAAUAUACAGAAAAAUUAAUAUAGGAUUCGAGCCUCGACUUGGACGCAUAAGUAAUAAGAUUUGUAAUAAACGAUUGUUUCAGAUGUUACAUCACCUUAACCACGGCCCUUCAUCUCUUUCGAGGUGGAAGUCCGAAAGGUCCAGCGGGCACGGGAAAAACCGAAACGGUCAAGGAUCUAGGCAAAGCGAUGGGCAUGUGGGUGAUAGUGAACAAUUGUUCUGAAGGUCUCGAUUACAAGAGUAUGGGCAAGAGUUUUUCGGGAUUGGCCCAAACUGGCGCUUGGGGCUGUUUUGACGAAUUCAACAGGAUUAACAUCGAGGUGCUGUCUGUCGUUGCUCAGCAGAUCUUGUCCAUUUUGUCCGCCGUUUCGGCCAAGAAGAAGUAUUUUGUUUUUGAGGGAAGUGAAAUAAACUUAAAGCUAACCGUUGGAAUAUUUAUCACCAUGAACCCUGGAUAUGCUGGAAGAACAGAACUCCCUGAUAACCUUAAAUCCAUGUUUAGACCCAUAUCCAUGAUGGUGCCAGAUAGUGGAAUCAUUGCUGAAAAUAUUCUUUUUAGCGAUGGUUUUGAAGGAACCAAACUCUUGGCGAAAAAAGUUUUCACUUUAUACCAAUUGGCAAUCCAACAACUAAGUAAACAAGAUCACUACGAUUUUGGUCUACGGUCCAUGGUGGCACUCUUAAGAUAUGCGGGCAGGAAGAGGAGGCUUCUUAGCCAUUUGCCGGAAGACCAAGUCGUUUAUUUAGCGAUGAGGGACAUGAAUAUAGCUAGACUUACAUCGGACGAUGUUCCAUUAUUUAAUGGAAUCAUGUCUGACAUAUUUCCUGGAGUCUCCAUUCCAAUGGUCGAUUAUAUUGACAUGAACAAUGCUAUAAUUGCUUACAUGGAUGAAACCAAUCUACAGCCCAUUCAAGCUGCCCUAACCAAAACGGUUCAGCUAUACGAGACAAAGUCUUCUAGACAUUCAGUCAUGAUUAUCGGAAAGACUGGAACUGCCAAAACCACGACGUGGAAAUGUCUACAAAACUCGAUGAGAAAAUUGUGGGAGCAAAAAAAACCUGGAUUUCAAAGGGUUACGGAAUAUCCCAUCAACCCAAAAGCGUUAAAUCUGGGCGAGCUGUAUGGGGAAUACAAUCUUAGCACCAACGAAUGGCUGGAUGGAGUUAUUAGUGCUAUCAUGAGGCAAACUUGUCAAGACGAAUCUCCCGAGGAAAAAUGGAUCCUUUUCGAUGGUCCAGUGGACGCAGUAUGGAUAGAAAACAUGAACAGUGUCAUGGACGAUAAUAAACUUCUCACGCUUAUAAACAGCGACAGAAUAACGAUGCCCGAGCAAGUUUCGCUUUUGUUUGAAGUGGAAGAUUUGGCUGUCGCCUCACCAGCCACCGUAAGCCGUUGUGGCAUGGUGUAUAAUGAUUAUAAGGACUAUGGAUGGCAGCCUUAUGUUAAAUCCUGGUUGAAAAGUCAAAUCCCCAAAGGACCGAUGUUUACAAAAAUAAUGCAAGAAUUUUUCGAUUACUAUUUGUCGAAUAUUUUGGAAUUUAAAAGGCUCCACUGCGAGGAAAUUGUAGCUUGUCCAGAAAUAAAUGUAGUUUCUUCUUUGUGCAAACUAUUGCAUAUUUUUGGAACUAAACAGUAUGGUUUGAAUCCCGCUGAUGAAGAACGAUACCCGGACGUGGCAAAGGCUUGGUUUAUAUUUUGUUUAAUAUGGUCUGUUUGCUGUACAACAAACGAGGAUGGGCGCAAAAAAUUGGAUAACUACAUUAGAGAAAAGGAAGCGUAUUUCCCUGUCAAAGAUACCGUGUAUGAAUAUUACGUUGAUCAUUUUAACGGAAGUCUUCAGCAUUGGGAAAACAGACUGCCCAGGGAUUGGAGAUAUGAACCAGACGCUCCUUUCUUUAAAAUUCAAGUUCCCACAGUGGACACGCUAAGAUAUCAAUACCUAAUGACGGCCUUGCUCCGGGACGGCAAUCCGGUGCUUAUUACCGGAGAUGUUGGAACCGGAAAAACAUCAUCUGCCUACGCAGUCCUGCAAGAUUUUGAUCCGUUCACACACACGAUAUUAUCUAUAAACAUGUCGGCACAGACUAGUUCGCAAAAUCUACAGAGCGCCAUUGAGGCUAGGGUCGAGAAGAGGACCAAAGGUGUUUUUAUACCAACUGGUAACAAGAACAUGAUUACUUUUUUGGAUGAUAUGAAUAUGCCUGCGAAAGAAACCUACGGUUCUCAGCCUCCGUUGGAGUUGCUGAGACAAUGGAUGCAGUAUGGAUUUUGGUAUAAUAGGCAGAAGCAAACUAGAACUUAUAUAUUGCAAAUGCACGUUUUGGCAGCCAUGGGGCCUCCAGGAGGUGGCCGACAAGUUAUAACAGAACGUCUACUAAGCAGAUUCAACGUAAUCAACAUGACAUUCCCUGAUGAUGCGACCAUAGCCAGAAUUUUUGGUAAAAUGCUUUCCCAGCACGUUUACAAUUUUAACGAAGAAAUGAAGGUAGUUGGGAAGAAAAUUACCGAAACUACUAUAGACCUUUACAAGAAUGUAUCGACGAAAAUGUUACCGACACCCACGAAAAUUCAUUACAUGUUUAAUCUCAGGGAUAUAUCUAAAGUUUUCCAAGGAUUAUUGAGGAGCAAUAAGGACUAUCAAAGUAGCAAACCUACUUUUCUGAGACUUUGGAUACACGAAAGUUUUAGAGUCUUUUACGACAGACUUACAGAUGAUAAGGAUAGAGAAUGGUUCUUCGAACACAUGAACGAACAACUCGGUGCUCACUUUGAGUUAACUUUGCACAGUUUGUGUCCUGGCAACGAAAUUCCAGUGUUUGCGGAUUUUAUCAAUCCCUACAAUAUUUAUGAAGACGUUCCUGAUAUUGCCGUGCUUAAGAAGUACCUUGCCGACCAGUUGGAAGAGUAUAACGCUUCUCCGGGUGUUGUCAGAAUGGACCUCGUGCUUUUUAAGGACGCUGUUCAUCAUAUUACGAGGAUUGUUAGGGUUAUAUCGCAGCCUAGAGGACAUACGGUGUUGGUGGGAAUUGGUGGUAGUGGACGCACCUCCUUGAGCAGAAUCUCUUCGUACAUCUGCGAAUACCAGACCUUCAACAUAUCUUUAAAGAAACAAUAUAGAAUAUCCGAAUUCAAAGACGACCUUAAAGCCCUAUACAAAUUAACAACCAUCAAAAACAAGGCCACCACUUUCAUAUUCAACGACACUCAAAUAGCCGACGAGUCUUUCUUGGAAGUGAUCAACAACAUGCUGAGCACAGGCGAGGUGGCGAACCUAUACAAACCUGAGGAGUUUGAGGAAGUGAAGGGGGACUUGGAGCAGGCCGCCACCAAGGCUGGAGUACUUGCAAGUAACAACGAGCAGAUGUACAACUUUUUUAUUGAAAGAGCGCGAGCUAAUAUGCACAUUAACUUGUGCAUGAGUCCGAUUGGCGAGAAGUUUAGGGAUCGCCUGAGGCAGUAUCCGGCAAUCGUUAAUUGCACGACGAUUGAUUGGUUCAACGAAUGGCCCACCGAGGCUUUACUUGAAGUCGCCAACAAAUACAUUUCUGAUGUUAAUUUUGUGCAGACCAUCACGGGGGAAGCAUUGCUUAAACGAAGAGAGUCUGCCUUGGUGACAUCACAGGAAAGAUUAAAAGAAGCAGUUGCUUCAGUAUUUGCCAUAAUACAUGGGUCAGUGUGCGAUUACUCUAGAAAAAUGAUAGAUGAAAUGAAAAGAUACAACUAUGUAACUCCAACCAACUAUUUGGAGCUGGUUGCUGGUUACAAAAGAAUGCUGGCAGAUAAACGUUUGGAAACAUCAACCCAAGCCAACAAACUCCGCAACGGUCUGUCGAAAAUUGACGAGUGCAAAGAAAAAGUUAAAACCAUGUCCGUCGAAUUAGAAGAAGCUCAAGUGAAGGUGGCGGAAUUUCAGCAGCAAUGCGACGAAUAUUUGGUGAUAAUAGUGGCGCAAAGAAAGGAAGCCGACGAACAGCAAAAGGAAGUUACGAAGAAGAGCAUCAAAAUUGGCGAGGAAGAAGUCGAAUGUAGGAAGAUGGCGGAAUUAGCUCAGGCUGAUUUAGAUGAGGCCAUGCCUGCCUUAAAUGAAGCCAUAGCUGCAUUGGACGCCUUGAGUAAGAAGGAUAUUAGUGAAAUGAAAUCGUAUUCUUCUCCACCGCAAAAAGUUAAAAUGGUUAUGGAGGCUGUUUGUAUACUUAAAGGGUAUGAUAUAUCGUGGGACUCGGCCAAGAAGCUUCUAGGCGAACUGGACUUCCUUAAGGCUCUAAAAGAGUUUGAUCGUAACCACAUCUCCGAAAAAACCCUAAAAAAGAUCGCUGGCUAUACAAUGAACGAAGAGUUUGUGCCAGAUAAAGUUGGUAUUGUGUCUUUUGCCGCCAAAUCUCUCUGCAUGUGGGUGAUUGCUAUUGAAAAAUAUGCCAGAGUCUGGAAGAUUGUUGGGCCUAAGCAAGCGAGAUUGGAUGAAGCGCAAGAGUCGUUGAGAGAAAAACAAAGACUGUUAGCUGAGGCACAAGCUAAAUUGGCAGAAAUUAAUGCCACAUUGGCCAAACUACAGCUAGAAUAUGAAGAAAAAUUGGCGCAAAAGGAAGAACUUACCAGACAGGCUGAAAUGUUAAAACUUAAACUAGAAAGAGCCGCCAUGCUUGUUGAAUGUCUAUCGGGAGAAAGGGAGAGAUGGACUGAAACUGUAGAGCUUUUGGACGGCUUUUAUGAUAGAUUACCUGGCGACUGCCUAGUUGCGACUGCUUUUAUUUCCUAUUUGGGACCUUUUGUGACCAACUAUAGAGAAGAAAUGGUGGCUAUGUGGAUCAACGAGGUUAACCUAGCUGAAAUACCGUAUUCAGCAAUCUUUAACAUAAUAAACUUUUUGAGCGACCCUACGUCUAUUAGGGAGUGGAACAUACAGGGUCUUCCGCAAGAUUCCUUUAGCACAGAAAACGGUAUAAUCGUCACAAGGGGAUCUCGUUGGCCUUUGGUUAUAGAUCCACAAAUACAAGCAACGAAAUGGAUUAAGGCCAUGGAGGCCAAAAAUAAAUUACAAGUUAUCGACUUUGAAAUGCCAGAUUUCCUUCGAUUUGUGGUUAAAGCAGUGCGCGAAGGUAGCCCAAUAUUAAUCCAAAACAUUUUGGAAACGAUAGAUCCUUCGGUGGAAACAGUCGUUUCGAAGCAAAUUAUACGACAAGGCGGCGAAGAUCUUAUCAACAUUGAUGACAAUUUGAUUUCGUACAAUCACGAUUUCCGAUUUUUCAUGACCACCAAACUUACCAACCCGCACUAUCCGCCCGAAGUAUCGACAAAAACCACGUUGGUUAAUUUUGCCGUUAAAGAAGUUGGUCUUCAGGCACAGCUGCUUGGUAUUGUUGUUAGAAAAGAGAGGCCUCAACUGGAAGAACAGAAAGAUGAAAUGGUUACCACCAUAGCCACAGGCAAAAGAACUCUGAUGGACUUAGAAAGCGAACUUCUGAGAUUACUAAACGAAACGAGAGGUGAACUUUUGGAAGACGUGGAGCUUUUCAACAACUUGCAGACUUCCAAGGCGACUGCAGCUGCGGUAAAAGUGAGCUUGGAAACCUCUGAAGCUACCGAAAAAGAAAUUGAUGAAGCUAGAUCGGGUUAUCAAGCAUGUGCCAAAAGAGCUUCUAUACUAUAUUUCGUUUUAUACGAUUUGGGAAGAAUAGAUCCAAUGUAUCAGUUUUCCUUGGAUUCCUAUAUACAUUUAUUUAUUAACUCUAUAACAAAGAGUAAGAAAUAUCCUCAGUUGGAUCAAAGGAUUACAUCUUUGAAUGAGUUUCACACCUAUGCAGUUUACAAGAAUACUUGUAGAGCCCUAUUUGAACACCACAAGUUGUUAUUCUCAUUUCAUAUGUGUAUAAAAAUAUUAUCGGCCCAAGGCAAAGUGGUACCACACGAGUAUAACUUUUUGUUGAAAGGAGGUGUUGUUUUGGACAGAGAAAACCAACUCGAUAAGCCUUGCGUAUGGUUGAGUGAAGAAGCAUGGGAUAACAUAACAGAAUUAGACAAGCUACCAGGAUUCCACGGUCUCAUGGACACGUUUGAACAAUACACACGAGAUUGGUACAUUUGGUAUACCCAUACUGAUCCAGAAACAUUACCAUUAAUAGCGGAAUGGAAUGACGUUUGCAACGAGUUUCAAAAAAUGCUGAUCGUCAGAUCGCUGCGUCAAGACCGGGUGGCUUUUUGCAUAGCCAACUUCGUCGUUGCCCAGUUGGGUCCGCAAUUCAUCGAGCCGCCCAUUCUCGACAUAAAGGCGGUCGUGGAAGAAUCGAUUCCGCAAUCGCCUUUGAUAUUUGUGCUGUCGCCCGGAGUGGAUCCGAGCAAUGCACUGAUGCAGCUUGCGGUGUCUUGCAACAUGGGCAACAAGUUUCAUUCUUGCAGCUUGGGACAAGGACAGGCACCUGUUGCAACAAAAAUGUUGCAAGGUGGAGUUAAGGAAGGUCACUGGGUGUUUCUGGCGAAUUGCCAUCUAUCUUUAAGUUGGAUGCCAAAGUUGGAUAAAAUUAUCGAUACUCUUCAGACAGGAAAAUGUCAUAAAAACUUUAGAUUAUGGUUGAGUUCCAGUCCGCAUCCCGACUUCCCCAUUUCUAUCCUACAAAAUUCCAUUAAAAUGACAACUGAACCUCCAAAAGGUAUCAAAGCAAACUUGAGAAGGCUUUAUCAAUUGAUUACAGAAGAUCAGUUUAAUAUAUGUCAAGCCAAAGACAAAUACAAAAAGUUGCUUUUCUGUUUAUGCUACUUUCACGCUAUUCUUCUCGAAAGAAAAAAGUUCCAACAACUUGGCUGGAAUGUCAUCUACAGUUUUAACGACUCUGAUUUUGAAGUGUCUGAAAACCUAUUAACAAUUUACUUAGACGAGUAUGAAAAUACACCUUGGGAUGCCCUAAAAUACCUAAUAGCUGGUGUCAACUAUGGAGGUCACGUUACUGAUGAUUGGGACAGACGACUUUUGUUGACCUAUAUUAAUCAGUACUUUUCCGAAGAUUCCUUGGUUAUACCAUUCCACAGAUUAUCGUCGCUUGUUACCUACUACAUCCCGAAAGACGGCUCAAUACAAUCGUAUCAAGACUACAUAACAUUGCUGCCAACUGUGGAUAGACCGGAAGCGUUUGGGCAACAUCCAAACGCCGACAUCACUUCCUUGAUUACCGAAUCGAGAAAUCUAUUCGAAACGUUGAUGUCUCUGCAGAUACAAGUGGGCGGAGCAGCUUCUGAAAGUAAGGAACAAAGGGUCGCAGAGCUGGCAAGUGAUGUUCUUUCAAAAAUUCCGGCAACAAUUGACUAUGAAAGAACAGAUAAAUUGAUUGGACCUAAUAAGAAACCUUUGGAUGUGGUUUUGUUGCAAGAAAUUCAGAGAUACAAUAAACUAUUAGUGUCAAUCCAAACAUCCCUUGACAUGUUGGGAAGAGCCAUUCAGGGCUACACUGUAAUGUCAUCUGUCCUAGAAAAUAUUUUUAACUGCAUUUACGAAGCCAGGGUGCCUGGUGAAUGGCUUAAAGCGUAUCCUUCACUAAAAUUAUUGGGUUCAUGGACCAGAGACUUGAUGGCCAGAGUGGACCACUUUUCCAUAUGGGCUAACACUGUUAGGGCCCCUUUGUUUUUCUGGCUGAGCGCUUUUACCUUUCCCACUGGAUAUCUUACUGCAGUCUUACAGACCACUGCCAGGGCCGAAGAAGUUCCAAUAGACACUCUGAGUUGGGAGUUUGAAGUUCUGACAGUGGAUAAAAACCAAAUUCAAGUAGCGCCACCUACCGGCGUUUAUAUAAAGGGUUUGUAUUUGGAAGGGGCAGGUUGGGACCGAAAGAAUGCAUGUCUUAUAGAGCCUCAACCUAUGCAACUAGUUAGCCCUAUGCCCUUGAUCAACUUUAAACCCAUGGAGGUUCUUAAAAAGAAAACUAGAGGGUUAUAUCAAUGUCCAUGCUACUAUUUCCCUAUUAGAACUGGAGUUCAAUUUCGACCUGCUUUUGUUGUCGCUGUGGAUUUAAAAAGUGGAACCGAAAAGGCCGAUUUUUGGACGAAAAGAGGAACAGCCCUAUUAUGCAGUUUGGGCAGUUAAUUUAAAUCGUUAAAUAAUAAAUAUUGUUAGGUGUCCUAUUCUAUUUAAACUAUGUAAAAAAUAAACUAUUUUAACUAUUAUAGAGUAUUUUUCUUAUGUUCCAUAUAUAUGGUAGUAUAUUCUCC